AUGAACUCUUCGGAUUCAAUAACUGACUCAGACGAAGCUUCGAGGACUGACCCGGAAGCGUCGUCAAGUGCUUUCGACAACGAAACGAAGUCUACAGACAAUAAGGACGAAGUUAUGAAACGAGCUGCUGCGAAGAAACUCAUCGAAAGGUACUUUUAUCAACUGACUGAUGGUUGUGGAAAUCCCCAAUGCGAUAAUAAAUACUGUGCAUCCAAUGGAGAGAUGAGCCCGUUAACUCCCGAUGAAGCUGCCGCAAAGGCCAUACAAUUGUUCUCUCAGGAAGCUCGACUUUGCGAAAUCCAUCCCAACAAAAUAGCCAGGAAACAGGGAAAUAUUAUUAACAAUACAAACGGUUCCUCUAACGAGGUUACAUGUAAAACGAGUCAAACAACAAAUGAAUCGGAAUCGCAGAGCAAUUAUUCGAGUAAAGAUAGUUUAAAAUGUAAUAGUGCACCAGUACCGACAUUUUUAACAGAACAAGCACUGUACGAUAUAAUAGACGAAUGCGAGGCAAAUAACAGUUAUUCACCGUUAAUUCGAACGUUAGGCGAAAUUUUUAGUAGUAUCGAGAACCUUUCAAAGAGUUUUCCUCAAGAAGCAAAAUCACCCAGCCAAGCAUACAGCUUGGACGAUGCAGAUAUAAAAGCUUUAAAGAAAGAAGAAGUGCGGACGUUGGAGGGCGAGAAGGACAAAGAUGAAGACAGUUCGGCGGAUUCUAUUAAAAGUUCUCUGCCGCUGGUCGAUGUACCUUCGGUGCGAAGGGCUUUUACAGCGCUAUUUAAACUAAAAAAAUCGAUUUUUGAAAACGCCCUGGUAAACGCCUUGGUCACUUUAGCGGGAAAUUUACAAAUGGAAUUGCCCACGAGAAAGGAGAGAGGAGUGAAUGAUGACAUCGUAAACGUUCUGUUGAUCGUUUUCGAGAUUCCAGGCCUUUGUUCCGGGGAUUUACUGGAAACGGCUUUGCCAGCGAUAUGCCGGGCCGCGCAAGGCCUUCCCAUAGAAGUCCAAGCGAAUUUGGCCAGGCAAUGGUCGGAAGUGGCCCGAUCCAGUAUUAGGAUUAUUUUAAUGAACCUUCAGCAACUGAUCACCUAUUGCAUAUUACGCGCAAUGAUGACGUUGAUGCCGGAUUUUUGUUUGCAAGAUGAAAAUGUCAUUACUUCUGCUACAAAACUAAUGAAGAUUUUGUACUACGCCAAUUUGUUGGCCGGCGUAUUAGAAUCGCCCGAGCUGAGAUGCCAUACUCUGUCCGAUUCGACGGACGGUUUGUUGAUAAAACCCAAAAAUUCGCUGCCUUCUGAUCUGUUGGCCGACGAAUUGGGCGUUCAUGUGCUGGAUUGCAGAACGCCCUACAUACCGUUUUCGGAAUUUUACCACGAACCCCUUAGCGAAGCCGUCGAAAUGGAUAGGGACUUUGCUAACUAUAAAAGUGAAACAGGUAUUCGUAUGAACCCAUGUAAAUUCAGUUUUAUGCAUUACCCCUUCAUCCUUACACCUGCCACAAAGACGAUGGGAUUGUAUUUCGACAACAGGAUACGAAUGUACUCGGAGAGGAGAAUCAGUUUCCUGCAAGCCGUCACCGGUUUGCCGUCGCAGCCUUUUUUGAAAUUGAAAGUCAGGAGGGAUCAUAUCAUCGACGAUGCUUUGGUCGAACUGGAAAUGAUAUCGAUGGACAAUCCGAGCGAUUUGAAAAAGCAAUUGGUCGUCGAAUUCGAAGGGGAACAAGGCAUCGACGAAGGCGGAGUGUCUAAAGAAUUUUUCCAAUUGGUCAUCGAAGAAAUAUUCAAUCCGGAUUACGCGAUGUUCGUCAUCCAACCGGAAUCCCAAACGACUUGGUUCAAUCCCACCAGCUUCGAGAGCGACGCUCAAUUCAAGCUCAUCGGGGUGGUUUUGGGAUUGGCCAUAUACAAUAACGUCAUUUUGGCUGUAAAUUUCCCAAUGGUGCUAUAUAGAAAAUUGAUGGGAAGACGGGGCAGUUUCGAGGAUUUGCAGGAUUGGAAUCCUGUGCUGUAUAAUAGUUUAAAACAACUUUUGGAUUAUGAAGAACCGAAUUUCGAAGAUGUGUUCAUGCUCACUUUUAGGAUAAGUUACCAGGACGUUUUUGGUUCCACGAUCAGCUACGACUUGAAGCACGACGGAGACAAGAUACUUGUAACGCAGGAAAAUAAAUAUGAGUUCGUAGACAUGUACGCCGAUUUUUUAUUAAAUAAAUCUGUGGAAAAGCAAUUUUCAGCAUUUUAUAGAGGCUUUCAAAUGGUAGUAGACGAAUCACCACUCGAACUGCUUUUCCGUCCCGAGGAAAUCGAGCUGUUAAUUUGUGGAAGUAAAAACUUCGACUUUGAUGAAUUGGAACUAUCGACCGAAUACGAUGGAGGCUAUUCAAACGAAACGCAGAUCAUCAAAGAUUUUUGGUCGGUGGUUCACGCUCUGUCGAUGGAGGAUAAAAGGAAGCUCCUUCAGUUCACGACGGGUUCCGAUAGAGUCCCUGUGGGCGGAUUGAGCAAAUUGAAACUAGUCGUGGCCAAAAACGGCCCGGACUCCGACAGAUUGCCCACCGCUCACACGUGUUUUAACGUUCUUUUGCUACCGGAGUAUUCUUCUAAAGAAAAACUCAAAGAUCGGCUGGUCAAAGCGAUUAACUAUUCAAAGGGUUUUGGCAUGUUAUAA